AUGAAUAUUCUUUCAUUCAUUCUUCCUCUUUCAAUGCUCUUCAUUCUACAAAGCUCAUCUUUGCAUUCAUUUUCCUCUUUCAAUGCACCAAUUCAACUUUGCACAUCAUCCCCUUCAUUCUACCACUUUCAAUCCUCUACAUUCUACAUGAUUAUUCUUUCAUUCAUUCUUCCUCUUUCAAUGCUCUUCAUUCUACAUAGCUCAUCUUUGCAUUCAUUUUCCUCUUUCAAUGCUCCUAUUCAACUUUGCCCAUCAUCCCAUUCAUUCUACCACUUUCAAUCCUCUACAUUCUACAUGAUUAUUCUUUCAUUCAUUCUUCCUCUUUCAAUGCUCUUCAUUCUACAUAGCUCAUCUUUGCAUUCAUUUUCCUCUUUCAAUGCUCCUAUUCAACUUUGCCCAUCAUCUCCUUCAUUCUACAACUUUCAAUCCUCCACAUUCUACAUGAAUAUUCUUUCAUUCAUUCUUCCUCUUUCAAUGCUCUUCAUUCUACAUAGCUCAUCUUUGCAUUCAUUUUUCUCUUCCAAUGCUCCAAUUCAACGUUGCACAUCACCUCCUUCAUUCUACCACUUUCAAUCCUCUACAUUCUACAUGAUUAUUCUUUCAUUCAUUCUUCCUCUUUCAAUGCCCUUCAUUCUACAUAGCUCAUCAUUGCAUUCAUUUUCCUCAUUCAAUGCUCCAAUUCAACUUCGCACAUCAUCCACUUCAUUCUACCACUUUCAAUCCUCUACAUUCUACAUGAUUAUUCUUUCAUUCAUUCUUCCUCUUUCAAUGCUCUUCAUUCUACAUAGCUCAUCUUUGCAUUCAUUUUCCUCUUUCGAUGCUCCUAUUCAACUUUGCCCAUCAUCCCCUUCAUUCUACCACUUUCAAUCCUCUACAUUCUACAUGAAUAUUCUUUCAUACAUUCUUCCCCUUUCAAUGCUCUUCAUUCUACAUAGCUCAUCUUUGCAUUCAUUUUCCUCUUUCGAUUCUCCAAUUCAUCCACUUCAUUUGCCCAUCAUCCUCUUCAUUCUACCAUUCUUUCAAUUCCUCUACAUUUCAUUCUACAUAGCUCAUUCUUUUGCAUUCAUUUCCUCUUUCCUCUUUUCAAUGCUCUUUCAUUCUACAUUUCAAUCCUCAUUCUUUGCAUUCAUUUUCCCUCUUUCAAUGCUUCAUUUCAACUUUUCCCAUCAUUUUCCUUUUCAUUCUCCUAUUCAACUUUCCAAUCCUCUACAUUCUACCACUUUCCUUUUCUUUCAUUCAUUCUUUCUCUUUCUUCCUCUUUCAUUCUCUUACAUUCUAGCUCAUCUUUGCAUUCAUUUUCCUCUUUCAAUGCUCCUAUUCAACUUGCCCAUCAUCCCUUCAUUCUACCACUUUCAAUCCUCUACAUUCUACAUGAAUAUUCUAUCAUUCAUUCUUCCUCUUUCAAUGCUCUUCAUUCUACAUAGCUCAUCUUUGCAUUCAUUUUCCUCUUUCGAUGCUCCUAUUCAACAUUUGCCCAUCAUCCCUUCUUUCUACCACAUUCAAUCCUCUACAUUCUACAUGAAUAUUCUUUCAUUCAUUCUUCUUCUUUCAAUGCUCUUCAUUCUACAAAGCUCAUCUUUGCAUUCAUUUUCCUCUUUCGAUGCUCCUAUUCAACUUUGCCCAUCAUCCCCUUUAUUCUACCACUUUCAAUCCUCUACAUUCUACAUGAAUAUUCUUUCAUUCAUUCUUCCUCUUUCAAUGCUCUUCAUUCUACAAAGCUCAUCUUUGCAUUCAUUUUCCUCUUUAAUGCUCCAAUUCAACUUUGCCCAUCAUCCCCUUUAUUCUACCACUUUCAAUCCUCUACAUUCUACAUGCUUAUUCUAUCAUUCAUUCUUCCUCUUUCAAUGCUCUUCAUUCUACAAAGCUCAUCUUUGCUUUCAUUUUCCUCUUUCGAUGCUCCUAUUCAAUCUUUGCCCAUCAUCCCAUUCUUCCUCUCUACUCACUUUCAAUCCUCUUUGCAUUCUUUUCAUUUCAAUAUUCUUUCAUUCAUUCUUCCCCCUUUCAAUCCUCUACUUUCAUUCUACAUUCUUUCAUCAUUCUUCCUCUUUCAUUCAUUCAUUCUACUCUUUCAUUCAUUUUUCUUUCCAUUUUUUUCCUCUUUCUACCAUUUCAAUCUAUUCUACAUGCUUAUUCUUUCAUCCCUUCAUUCAAUACCACUUUCAAUCCUCUUUGCAUUCUUUUCCUGUUUUAUUCUUUCAUUCAUUCUUCCUCACUUUCAAUCCUCUUCAUUCUACAUGA